UCUGCGAACGUCACAACGCCAGCCAGCUAGCCAGCCACAAGUAGUCCAUAUAUUAUGUCAUUAUAGUAUAAUAUUCAGUUAAAACAUACGCGCAUACAAUAAAAUAAAAAUAUAUUAUUAUUAUUAUUGUUAUAACCUAGCUAUUGUCGUUCGCGCCGAUUAACGUUGUUAGGUAUUCGAUAACCUUAGAAUAUUAUUAUUUACGCAAAUUGUAAUAAUAAUAUUAUUAUCGUGUAUCACUGUCGUCGCCAUCAUUUUCGUUUUCUAUUAUUACAUCACGCACCGUUUGUGCAUUUCGAAUUUCGCGGGUUUUGAGGGUUUUUUUUCUCGAAACGAUUGAUUUUGAUUCUUUCAUAAACCAAAAAUUCUACCCGAAAAACCAUACAUCUAAAUCCCUCAGUCGUGUACCACCUAUACCUGUGUCGAUUACUGCUCAAUUAUGAUCGACUACUUGCGGACAAUUUUCGUCGUGGCCGUCGCCAUGGUGUACGUCCAGGCGGAAAAAUCAAAAGUCAUACCGCCCUACAUAAAACAAUGCAUAAGAAACGACCCAAAGCUCAAUGAAUGUCUCGCAGCGGAAAUCAAUCAUUUAAGACCGUACUUGAGAGAAGGAAUCAAUGAAAUCGAAUUGCCACCCGUGGAACCUUUCAGGAUGGAUUCGUUGAGUUUAGCAAUUACUGGUGGAUCUAAUGGCUACAAAAUCACUUUGAGAGAUAUUGAUUUGUUUGGAGCCAGCAAUUUUUCCAUUCAAAAAGUGUUGUAA